GGUGCAUGCAGGCGUAAUGCGGAGAGGCGAUCCCGGCUGGCGCGAUAACGCGACGCGCUGUCUGCGGUUUUAUUAACGGCAAACGCACAUAUGACGGACGGACUGCGGAGAUCUGUGUGUUUAAUGGCGUUACUUUAAUGAAGAUGGAUUUAUGUGUAAGGAUGCUUUAAUGUGAUGUCAGGAUCUAUUUGGGUCAUCUGGAAAUGAAGCGAUGGACUCGCGCUGAAAAUGCGGUGACUGAAGACUUCGGUGUCAAUACAGAGAGCUUUGCUCUUAUGAAUCAAACCUGAUCUAUUCUGCAGGUUGGUUAACCAAAACCCAGGACCCAGAUGGAGACACUACUUAUUUAUUUGAUGGUAACUGUAAUGGCAUUAAAAGCCCAUAAAAUCCAAGUGUGCCCCAAGCGUUGCAUAUGUCAGGUGCUCUCCCCAAAUUUGGCAACUUUAUGUGAUAAAAAGGGUCUGCUUUUUGUGCCUCCAAACAUCGACAGACACACAGUUGAGCUCAGACUGGGAGACAACUUUAUCACAACCGUCAAACGUAAGGAUUUCGCUAACAUGACCAAACUGGUGGACCUGACAUUGUCCAGGAACACUAUAGGCUCCGUUUCACCUCAUGCUUUCAAUGACCUAGAGAACCUACGUGCCCUUCACUUGGAUAGCAACCGCUUGACGGACAUAACGAACGAUACGUUCAGCGGCAUGUCCAAGCUGCACCAUCUCAUUUUGAACAACAACCAGCUCACAUACAUCCAAAUAGGAGCUUUCAAUGACCUCCUGGCGCUGGAAGAACUUGACCUGUCCUACAACAAUCUGGAGAGUGCGCCGUGGGUGGCCAUUCAACGAAUGAUCAGCUUGCACACCUUAAACUUGGACCACAACAUGAUCAACUACAUACCCGAAGGGACCUUCUCUGGGCUUCAGAAGCUCAAGCGCCUAGACGUCACCUCGAACAAACUUCACAAGCUUCCACCUGACCCGGUCUUCCAGCGGGCAGGUGUCCUGGCCACAUCGGGCGUUUUAGGCCCAACGUCGUUCGCUCUUAGCUUCGGGGGCAACCCUCUUCACUGUAACUGUGAGCUGCUGUGGCUGAGGAGGCUGAGACGAGAAGACGACCUGGAGACCUGCGCCGCACCGCAGCAUCUCGCCGGACGCUACUUCUGGACCGUGUCCGAGGAGGAGUUCCUCUGCGAGCCGCCGCUCAUCACCCGUCACUCGCAGGAAACCCGGGCAUUGGAAGGGCAGCAAGUUUCCUUGCGCUGCAAAGCCCGUGGAGACCCGGAUCCCGUCAUCCAUUGGAUCGCCCCCGAUGGCAAGUUGGUGUCCAGCUCCAGUCGCACUGUGGUCCACACAGACGGUACUUUGGACAUUCUGAUCAGCACGGUCAAAGACUCCGGCUCAUUUACCUGCGUGGCAUCAAAUCCGUCUGGAGAGGCUCAGCAGACGGUGGACCUGCUCAUCGCCAAGCUUCCUCAUUUCACCAACGACACUGGCACAGUCCGCGAGCCGGACCCGGGGUCGUCCGACAUCGCUACGUCCACCAAGACUGGUGGGGACAGUGCUUCUACGGCUGGCGGCAACAAAAGCGGACCGGACAAACGGGUACUCGUCUCUGAAAUCACCGCUUCUGCGGCUCUUGUGAAGUUUAACUUUCAACGCAAUAUUCCAGGAAUUCGGAUGUUCCAGGUCCAAUACAACGGCACUUAUGAUGACUCGCUUGUGUACAGGAUGAUUCCUCCUAACAGUAAAAGCAUCAUGAUCAACAACCUGGCAGCAGGCACCACGUACGACCUUUGUGUUUUGGCCAUUUAUGAUGAUGCCCUGACUACGCUCACAGCCACCCGUGUGGUUGGCUGCGUUCACUUCGCCACAGAGCCCCAGUAUCUGCGCUGCCAUUUCAUGCAGUCCCAGUUCCUUGGCGGCACUAUCGUUGUCAUCAUCGGGGGUGUCAUCGUCGCUUCGGUAUUAGCUUUUAUCAUCUUCCUCAUCGUGCGCUACCGAGUGUGCAAUCAGGAAGGGAUUGAUAAAGAAGUGGAACUGGGAGACAUUCGUUCCCAGUCCAGAAGUGAACGGCUGCAGGUCUCCGGGAUCAUCAAGUCCAUGUCCAAGCAGGUCCUUGGCCCAGAUCGAGACACGUGUCGAAAGGUGUCACCGCAAAUCGAAUCCGCGCCUGCGGCCCGGAUCUCCAAACCCGCUCUCCCCGACUGUACGGUCUCGACUUCCUCGGCAAGCCACAGUUGGCACCCAGCUUCUCCGAGUCCCCUUCGACCAGCACGUGCCGACUCAUUCACCGCCGCCCGAAAGCCAGACGAAUCGAUCGACGUAGAUGCGGACAAUGCCAACAAAAACAACUCGGCCAAGGUGCGUCCCAGACCCGCCGUACGGGCCCACUCGACCGUGGUGACUCCAGUAUCAAGACGAGCGCAGGUCCAGGAUCACCGGAACUACAAGACGGUCCCAGUGGGCUGCGUGAGGGCGAGCCGUCGUCAUUCUCUGAACGUAGACUCGUGCAAACAACCCAAUUACCAGAGUUAUCAGCAGUCUGGCAGCCUGCGUUCCAAGCGCAGUUUAUCCGUGAGCGGCGGUGAUCUUCCGCAGAUGGACAACGCUGAGAGACGCAGUGGGAGAUCGCCGCUGUCCCAGUCCGAGUGGGUGCUUGAAAGCACUUUAUAAUGGAAAACGUUGUACUUUUGUGGUUUGUAAUAGAGUUUCAGACCUCCAGAUAAUCUUCUGUGUCCCACUAUAAGACUGUAAAGACUUUUUAAACCGUUUGGUUUCAAGCUCGGACGUGUUCACACUUGAAACGCUUCAGAUGGAAAUGACUGAUACAGACCGAUGUUUUAUAAAGCACAAAUUAAAUACUGUUUCUUGCAUAUAGUAACACAAUACUUCUGAGUUGUAUAUUUCUUUGUUUUAUGGAAUAAUACAGAACACUGCAUAAAAUGUUACGUUGUGUAAAAUAAAGUGUGAAAAUGACAGUAUGUGGUGAUGUGGUGUAACAUACAACAUUUAUAAGUUUCUAUGAAACAUUGAAGGAUUUUUCUCCAUAUAGUGGACCUCAACAGUUUACAGUUUCAAUGAAGCUUCAAAGGACUAUAAACGAUCCCAGCGUGACCUUCCGUAUUACGUAAUCGCGUGGAAAGGUCACGCAUGAUGUAUGCGAUACAACCGCUCUAUUGUUUACAAGUGUGGAGAAAGAGGAGCGUUCAGAUGUUGUUUUAUGUGGAAUGAUGAAAUACUUUUUUCUUGGCAAAAGUGAUGAUGGUUUCUCUAGAUAAGACACUUAUAUGUUGGUUGUGAUCGUUUAGACCCCUCCCUCAGAAGCUGCAUUGAAACUGUAAAUUGUGAGGUUCAUAAAAGUCCUCCUGGGGCCUCAUUUAUAAAAUGCUGCGUAAAAAACAUCCUACAUUUGAUCUUACGAUCAUUUAUCAAAAAUGCGUAGGUGUGAUUCAUAAACCGAACGUACGCGCAGAAAACGCGCGUAUCCCUUUCAAAUCUAUAAAUCGCAAAUGAACUUGAACUUGUGCGCGCAGCCGAGCAGUUUCAGAUCUCCGCCUUUAAACGAUGCCUAAUUUAUGUCACAGACAUAUAAAAGAGCACUUGUCAAUGUUUAAACACAAUUUCGAGCAGCAAGAAUGGCUAAUAUUUCCAAAAACCUGCAGCAAUCAGACAAGCAAAAGUGCGUACGUCUGCUCAGACCCUGACGUGGCGCUAAGCACUUUUCCACGUCAAAGACAGUUUUUAUAAAUAUGGACUUUGCCGUGGAUUUUUGCGUACGCACACUUUACGAUUAGGGGUGUAACGGUACGUGUAUUCGAACCGGACCGUUUUGGUUCAGGGCUUUCGGCACGGUGCACGCGUGCACCGAAAGGCCGAAUGCAUUUUGUGUGCGCCUGUGCGGAACAUAAUACGUGCGUUUCCGCACGAACAUAUUAAGUGGCGGAAGUCUCCGCGUUCAGCGCAAGUCUUCUGUCAAACAUAUAACAUAAUUCGGCCCGCAGAAAGAUUUUUAUUUACUUAGUUGUAUAUCCGUUUGAUUAUUGAUGUAAACGUUUACGUGUCGUAUCUAAAAGCGCAUGUUAAACGCGUGUCAACGCGCUGCUUUGUUCUUUCAAAAGUGCGUGAGAGGAUGCACGUCUUUCGUUGCUACGCAUUCAUGAGACGCGCUUUCUGUGACAGCAAGAAUAAGGAAUGCGUGAUCAGAUUUUUCAUCUGCAUAUCACGUCAAUCAUAUCAUUGUCACAAUGCGAUCAGCUGGUCGGGACAGAGAAGAGCUGUAACCCGGGCUUACUCAGCUGUUACUCAGCUGCGGAGGGGUUCGUAAGUAAAGUCACAGCUUACAUUGAUGACACAAGCAAAGAUUAGGAUAAACGUGCAAAAGAUCAAAGAUGGCUAUGUAUGCAGCUCACUAAUCUCAAAAUGAGUGUAUAAUAAGUAUAUCAUCAUGUUGCUUGCUAUGCAGUUACACAUAGAGCAGUAAUAUUAUUUUUUAUACAGAGAUGGUUCAAUACUGUGAGGUUAAACAAUCCAAAAUAAAUCAAAACAGAAAAUUUUUGGUGGCAAAAAUGUAGGCUAAUAGUUCAUUAAUGUAUUCAGGAAUUGAAUUUGUUAGUUCAAGGUUUUAGUAGAAAAGUUUAAGAGAAGGUUAAGAAAAGAGUUACCUUCUGUUAUAAAAUAAUGUAAAAAAGAACUUUGCAGUAGUAUUUUAUUUAUAAUUUUUUCAUUUUAUAUAUAUUUUAUAUGUUAUAUUUUAAUAAAAACUGUUUUAAAAAAAAAGUGUAAACAAAUUGUAAAAAAAAAGUUUAUAGUAAUAAACAACCUGCAGUUUAAUGUUUGCAUUUUUCCCUUACUGUACCGAAAAUGAACCGAACCGUGGCUUCAAAACCGGGGUUCGCACCGAACCGUGAUUUUUGCGUACCGUUACACCCCUAUUUACGAUCAAAUCUGUGCGUACGCACGCUUUAUAAAUGAGGCCCCAGGAUUUUAUUUCCUCAAAAAACUUAUUUUUUCUCAACUAAACAAAGAAAGACAUCAAUGUCUUGGAUGACAUGAGGAUGAGUAAAUUAUCAAGAUUUAUUUUUAUAAAAGCGUAAAAAUCCUUUAACAGUGACAGAAUUACGCAUUGAAUCCAACAUUACAGUGCAUUGUUCACGGUUAAUAAUCUACUGCAGAAAUAAGAGAAAAACAGGAAUUUUCUUACAAUAUAACUCAUCAUCACCACACAUGACAUGAGUUUAUUUGUGUUCUAAGAAACACAGCUGCAUUGGAUAUAAAAUAACCUCAGAUUUGAUCAAAUAAGUUGUAAUAUGUAUUUCU